CAAGGACGAUAGAUAAGGAAGAAGGCAACACCCAAACUUGUUGCCCGACUAUGUAUUUGCAGUGUAGGUGAGAGAGAAUGAUGCCGCUUCUGUUGCAUCUAACGUUAGAAUGUUGCUUGUGUUGAAGAAAAAAACAAAACACGGAGUUUGUUUGUUGUUGUAUUGAUCUACAGUAGCCUCGCGUGGGAUAUUUUUUUUUUUGUAUCUAUAGGUUCGUGUUUUUGGGGUUGUAUUUCCAAGCGAUGGUGGCAGCAGAAGCAACAUUUCAGCUGAUGUUGAUGGAAGACUUCCCAGUUUUGCAGAGUUGCACGUUGCGAAUGCAAGACUGGAUGUAGCUGAUUGGAGUAGCGAAAUUGGUGAUCACACAGCCGAGUGGGAGGAGGGGAGAUUCUGAAAGUGGGUUUUUCCGUGUGUGACUCUCCAGCGGCCAUGUUAUCCAAGAAGCCGUGCGCUGCCGUCUACCCAACUGGCAAAGGGGGUGAGAUCUGCCAGCUACAGUCUUCCCCCGGAAUCGGAGUCGGGGGUCCCCGGGCCGGAGCAGCGACAGACCCGCCAUCGCCGGUCACAUUACCACCCCUCAGGAAUAUCAAGUCGCUCACGGUUGGAGGCAAUAAGCACACCAUGAGUGACCACAUGCACGUGGGGAACCACCAACAGAUCCAUGUUCAACAGCUGUUUGAGGAGAACAGCAACAAACGGACAGUGUUGACUGCACAGCCCAAUGGGUUGACCUCUGUGGGCCGGGCAGGUCUACCGCUGCCUGACCGACAGCAGCCCGACGUCACCACUACCACGGCCCAGUGUCGGCAGGGCAGCUCAGCCUCCCUCAAGUCCACCGACAGCAAGCCCCAGCCGGCCACCCUGACCCCGGAGCAGGCCAUGAAGCAGUUCAUGCCCAAGCUUACGGCCUUCGAGCACCAUGAGAUCUUCAGUUACCCAGAGGUGUAUUUCGCUGGACCCAACGCCAAGAAGAGGCCGGGGGUGAUCGGGGGGUCCAACAACGGAGGCUACGACGACGAUCAGGGCUCCUACAUCCAGGUGCCCCACGACCACGUCUCCUACCGCUACGAGGUCCUCAAGGUGAUUGGCAAGGGCAGUUUCGGUCAGGUGGUGAAGGCCUACGACCACAAGGCCCACUGCCACGUGGCGCUGAAGAUGGUGAGGAAUGAGAAGAGGUUCCACCGCCAGGCGGCCGAGGAGAUCCGGAUCCUGGAGCACCUGAGGAAGCAGGACAAAGACUCCACCAUGAACGUGAUCCACAUGCUGGAGAACUUCACAUUCCGUAACCACAUCUGCAUGACCUUUGAACUCCUCAGCAUGAACCUCUACGAGCUCAUCAAGAAGAACAAGUUCCAGGGCUUCAGCUUGCCGCUCGUCAGGAAGUUCGCCCACUCUAUCCUGCAGUGUCUAGACUCGCUGCACAAGAACCGUAUCAUCCACUGUGACCUGAAGCCAGAGAACAUUCUCCUGAAGCAGCAGGGACGCAGUGGGAUCAAGGUCAUCGACUUCGGCUCCAGCUGCUACGAGCACCAGCGGGUUUACACCUACAUCCAGUCUCGUUUUUACAGAGCUCCCGAGGUCAUCCUGGGGUCGCGCUAUGGGAUGCCUAUUGACAUGUGGAGCCUGGGCUGCAUCUUAGCGGAGUUGCUCACUGGGUACCCUCUCCUGCCGGGCGAAGAUGAAGGGGACCAACUGGCAUGUGUCAUCGAGCUGCUGGGCAUGCCCUCGCAGAAACUGCUGGACUCUUCCAAGAGAGCCAAGAACUUUGUGAGCUCCAAGGGUUACCCCCGGUACUGCGCGGUGACGACCCUGCCGGACGGCUCGGUGGUGCUGAACGGGGGGCGCUCCCGCCGGGGCAAACUGAGGGGACCCCCGGGGAGCAAGGAGUGGGUGACGGCCUUGAAGGGCUGCGACGACCCCCUGUUCCUGGACUUCAUCAAGCAGUGUCUGGAGUGGGACCCUGCCGUGCGCAUGUCCCCCAGCCAGGCCCUCAGACACCCCUGGCUCAGGAGGCGCUUGCCCAAACCUCCCACGGGGGACAAAACAGCGGUGAAGCGUAUCACCGACGGGGGCUCUGGCGCUAUCACGUCGAUCUCCAAAUUACCUCCCACCUCGGGCUCCGCCUCCAAGAUAAGGACUAACCUGGCGCACAUGACGGACGCCAACGGGAACAUCCAACAGAGGACAGUGUUGCCAAAACUAGUCAGUUGAAGAAACUGUAAACGACAGCUAGUUCGUUGUCUCAUCUAGGAUAUCUCUUCUUAAUGGUUUUGUUUUUGUUUGUUUUUUAAAUGGAGAGAUGAUUGUGUCUCUGAGAGAGAGAGAAAAACAACUGGGGAGGCCGAACAGUACCAGUCACAGUACUCAACAGUGUGUUUUUUAAAUGGAGAGAUGAUUGUGUCUCUGAGAGAGAGAGAAAAACAACCGGGGGAACCCGAACAGUACCAGUCACAGUACUCAACCGUGUGGUUUUUAAAUGGAGAGAUGAUUGUGUCUCUGAGAGAGAGAGAAAAACAACCGGGGGAACCCGAACAGUACCAGUCACAGUACUCAACAGUGUGUUUUGUAAAUGGAGAGAUGAUUGUGUCUCUGAGAGAGAGAGAGAAAAACAACCGGGGGAACCCGAACAGUACCAGUCACAGUACUCAACAGUGUGUUUUGUAAAUGGAGAGAUGAUUGUGUCUCUGAGAGAGAGAGAGAAAAACAACCGGGGGAACCCGAACAGUACCAGUCACAGUACUCAACCGUGUGUUUUUCUUUAGACAGAGGGGUUUAUUCAGCGUUAUUAAUUCACCGCGUCAUUGUUUAGUAGCUUUUAUUUUAAUAUAAACAAGAGAAAAACAUGAAAGUGGUCAUCAUGAAGGGAACAAUGCUUUUAGGUGUUUAGUCUCAGGACUGUGUGCUAUGAUGGAGCAGGUGGCUAUCGGUCACACAAUCUGGCCCAAGCAGAGACUGAUAACCUGGGCAUGAUAGUGUAGAAUAACAGAAUGGGUGGCUGGCCAACACAUGGCGAUAACUAACUCAUAUCUUUUAGGUGUUUAGUCUCAGGACUGUGUGCUAUGAUGGAGCAGGUGGCUAUCGGUCACACAAUCUGGCCCAAGCAGAGACUGAUAACCUGGGCAUGAUAGUGUAGAAUAACAGAAUGGGUGGCUGGCCAACACAUGGCGAUAACUAACUCAUAUCUUUUAGGUGUUUAGUCUCAGGACUGUGUGCUAUGAUGGAGCAGGUGGCUAUCGGUCACACAAUCUGGCCCAAGCAGAGACUGAUAACCUGGGCAUGAUAGUGUAGAAUAACAGAAUGGGUGGCUGGCCAACACAUGGCGAUAACUAACUCAUAUCAGACAGUCUGAAGAUAUUUAGGCUCUGCUUCUCUACCUUAUCUGAUUGAUGUAGUGACAUUAAAUAGCUGUGAGAAAGGUGUUUUUUUUUAUAAGCUAAGAUCACAGUAUCUGAGAUUAGGUUUUGGUCAAAGAAAUGCAAGGAUGGAAAGUGGCUGUUUUAAGACUGUUAAGAGUUAAAGUGAGAGGUUGGACCGCGGCGUGGAAACAUUCGUUUACCUGACAGACUACGCCUGUAAUUCUCUUGACAUUCCUUAAACAACUGAACUAGAACGAGGGGGGAAAUUAGUGCAGGUUUGUCUUGUUUUCACCUGUACCAGAAACAAGGGAGUGAUACACGGAAUAAUGAGUUCUGUCAGAGAAGAGGAGGGGAGAGGAGGGGAGGGGAUGGGAGAGGGGGGGAGAGAAUAAGGAGAGGUGGAGAGAAUAAGGAGAGGAGAGAAGAGGGAGAAGAGGAGAGAAGAGGGAGAGGAGGGGAGGGGAGAGAAGAGGGGAAGAUGAGAGGAGGGGAGAGGAAGGGGGAGAGAAAUGGCAUCUAUCAAAAUAUGAGAUGUCAACAUAAUAAGUUAUUAGGUGCUAUUCCUUGGUACAGCUGCUGUGAAAUGUAUAUCCUCACAGCAAAACAAUGGUGCUUUUUAGUUGAAAAUUGAUGUAAAGAGGAUUUUAGAGCAAAAAUGUCUACUUUGUUUUGUUCUAUCAGAUUAUUGGAUGAUUAGAAACUAAAUGUGCUGAGGCAGAGUAGAGCUGAGGUGAAGUGGCUUUGUGAUGAUGUCCUCAUCAGAGAGGACUGUGUCUGUGAUGAAGGACUGUGGAUAUUAUAAUUUCCUCAUCAGAGAGGACUGUGUCUGUGUUGAAGGACUGGAUAUUAUAAUGUCCUCAUCAGAGAGGACUGUGUCUGUGUUGAAGGACUGUGGAUAUUAUAAUGUCCUCAUCAGAGAGGACUGUGUCUGUGAUGAAGGACUGUGGAUAUUAUAAUUUCCUCAUCAGAGAGGACUGUGUCGGUGAUGAAGGACUGUGGAUAUUAUAAUGUCCUCAUCAGAGAGGACUGUGUCUGUGUUGAAGGACUGGAUAUUAUAAUGUCCUCAUCAGAGAGGACUGUGUCUGUGUUGAAGGACUGUGGAUAUUAUAAUUUCCUCAUCAGAGAGGACUGUGUCUGUGAUGAAGGACUGUGGAUAUUAUAAUGUCCUCAUCAGAGAGGACUGUGUCUGUGAUGAAGGACUGUGGAUAUUAUAAUGUCCUCAUCAGAGAGGACAGUGUCUGUGUUGAAGGACUGUCGAUAUUAUAAUUUCCUCAUCAGAGAGGACUGUGUCUGUGUUGAAGGACUGGAUAUUAUAAUGUCCUCAUCAGAGAGGACUGUGUCUGUGUUGAAGGACUGUGGAUAUUAUAAUGUCCUCAUCAGAGAGGACUGUGUCUGUGUUGAAGGACUGGAUAUUAUAAUGUCCUCAUCAGAGAAGACUGUGUCUGUGUUGAAGGACUGGAUAUUAUAAUUUCCUCAUCAGAGAGGACUGUGUCUGUGUUGAAGGACUGUGGAUAUUAUAAUGUCCUCAUCAGAGAGGACUGUGUCUGUGAUGAAGGACUGUGGAUAUUAUAAUGUCCUCAACAGAGAGGACAGUGUCUGUGUUGAAGGACUGUGGAUAUUAUAAUGUCCUCAUCAGAGAGGACUGUGUCUGUGAUGAAGGACUGUGGAUAUUAUAAUGUCCUCAUCAGAGAGGACUGUGUCUGUGUUGAAGGACUGUGGAUAUUAUAAUGUCCUCAUCAGAGAGGACUGUGUCUGUGUUGAAGGACUGAUCUAGGGUCAGGCUGGGUAGGUAGGUAGGUGCUUACUACAUGGGCAUGACUGCAUAUACUUGAAUAGAAGGUGUUCUUCAGAGCCUGGGGUUGUCUCAGUAAUACUGAAUAGAAGGUGUUCUUCAGAGCCUGGGGUUGUCUCAGUAAUUCUGACUAGAAGGUGUUCUUCAGAGCCUGGGGUUGUCUCAGUAAUACUGAAUAGAAGGUGUUCUUCAGAGCCUGGGGUGGUCUCAGUAAUACUGAAUAGAAGUUGUUCUUCAGAGCCUGGGGUUGUCUCAGUAAUACUGAAUAGAAGGUGUUCUUCAGAGCCUGGGGUGGUCUCAGUAAUACUGAAUAGAAGUUGUUCUUCAGAGCCUGGGGUUGUCUCAGUAAUACUGAAUAGAAGUUGUUCUUCAGAGCCUGGGGUGGUCUCAGUAAUACUGAAUAGAAGUUGUUCUUCAGAGCCUGGGGUGGUCUCAGUAAUACUGAAUAGAAGUUGUUCUUCAGAGCCCGGGUGGUCUCAGUAAUACUGAAUAGAAGUUGUUCUUCAGAGCCCGGGUGGUCUCAGUAAUACUCCGGGUUGUAGUGAAAGGCAGUUAGUGUUAUAAGACGUGCGUAUAAAGCCCUCUGAUUAAUCAGGACUUAAAGGUUGACUCAUGUAGCUUUUUGAAUGGCUUAGUUUAUACCAUGUUGACUGUUGCAACUGUAGAGGAGCAGUUGUAUUUUUCACUUGAUCCUUUCUUUAAUCAUAUUUUCAGUAGUGAACCCGAUACGUGUCUCUGGCCAGAGUGUCAAUUCCUAAAACGCUUGUUCCCUUGCACAGCCCCCCCCCAAAAAAGUGUUCCCAUAUCCCCCUUUGCUUUAUGCGGAAGGCAACCUGUAAAACAGACUCCUAAACCUAGUAAUGAACAUUUUCCCCAAAUGUGUUGAACCUUCAGAUUUUCUACAUUUUCUAAAAUAUUUGACAAAGGUUUUUAUUAGUUCACCAUAAAUCACACUGAGAAUUCUUUAAAGCUUUUGUCAAAGUUGUACUUGUUUAUUUCACAUAAACCAACAUUGUUAAAUAAAAGAGGCAAUCUAAAAGAUAUGAAACUGAACUUUAGGGCUGAAUGGAACAGAAUGUUGUGUUGUUGUCUGGUUGGUCGGUCGGUAACCACGGAGCCACUUAUGACCUAAUGCACAAGAACUAUACUAUUGGGAUCCUAUCAGACUGUCACUGUGUGGAUACUUGGAGGCUCCAGGACACGGAGCAGAAGACUCUGUUUUGAUUGGAGUUCAGAACAGGUGUGGCUGGCUGGGGAUUGGAUGGACGACCUGGUGACCUCAUCAGGUCAGGGAGUAGAGCCCCGGCCUGCCCCGCUGAUGAUUGGUUCAGUGCCUGCCAGCUGCACACUGCUCAGUAGCCCCGCCCCCUUUGGAACCCAUUGCCACCUGCUGAUUGGAGAACAUCAGCGGGGAGGGGCAGGACAGGGGGCGGGGUCACAACAUUCUUUUUGACUUUUUUAUUGUAGUUGUUUUGUGGAUUGAUAGUCGGGAGGAAUCGUGUCCUUAGGUCGAAUACAAUGUGCCUUUGGUUAUUAAUGCCAUUCAUUUAGUAACCCAGGACCAGUAACAUAAUGACUUCAUUCCCCUACACCUCCCUACAGCACAUCUCCCCUGAACAUACAUCCAUUUCACAGAUGUUUGAAAUGUUUACAGUCAUUUUUCAUGGAUGUUUUCUUCAAGCCCAAAGACAGUCUUCCUGGCUUAACCUCUGAUGUGGUAGCGAGGAGAAAGCCAAGCGGCCGCACAAUGACAGGUAUUACAUGGUCUGCAUCCACAAUGGCACCCUAUUCCCUAUAUACUGCACUACUUUUGAUAGGGCUCUGGUCAAAAGUAGUGCACUAUAUAGGGAAUAGGGUGCCAUUUCGGGAAACAGCCGUGCAGUUUUCGAGACAGAGCGUCAGAUCUUUUGGGAUGACUAACUCUCACCUGGAAACACCCUUUGCCAACAGGGAACGCUUGGUAAGAAGCGAUCACCUUAUGCUCUGAAAGUGUUGAGGAACUGACAGCCUCUGUCUUGUCUUAACAUCAAAACAAUUCAAGGGGUUAUAGCUGUUAGCUUCAUUUUAUUACUCCGAGAGAGAAGGACAAAAAUACAUUUGAAUCUUUACCUCAGACUGUUGUGAUAGAUAUCUCUUCUUAUUGUGAUGUGAAUAACCCAGGGCAUUUGGUUACAUACCAAAGUGCAUUUCUUUCUACGUUUGUGGCUAUGAGGAAAUGAAGCCAGUGGAUUUUGCCUCUUAUUUUUCUGAGUAAAAAAAUAAGGCACUCAAACCACUUUUGGUCAUUCAAGGGCCAUAUCUAUCUAUAUCUCUAUCUAUCGAUCUGUCUGGAGAAUGCUUGUCU